AUGAUCAUUCCCAUGCAUUGCUUCACCUGUGGCAAGAUUGUCAGCAACAACUGGAAGGCCUACCUGGGGCUUCUGCAGGCGGAAUACACUGAGGGAGAUGCCCUAGACACCCUGGGCCUAAAGCACUACUGCUGCUGCCAGAUGCUGUUGGCCCACGUGGACCUGAUUGAGAAGCUGCUCAAUUGCACGCCCCUAGAGAAGUAACCACACUGGAGCCCACCUGAAUGCUGAGCCGACCAUGGGCUGUGAGCAUCCUGCCCCGAGUUCAUGAGACUGAGGUGUCUGGGGAUGCCUGGCCA